UUGAGUGCCGUUGAACUCGACGCCAUUCAUUGGUUCGUCGUUGGCUGACCUACUACCAUAUGUCUCUAUGGCUUCCCCGCGCUUCGCCUGCCUUGCUCGCCCGUUCCUAUAGCCAUCUCCUGCGCAUACAUCCAGGCCCCGUCUUUCCCCGCAUAUAUCUCCGUGUCGCCCCUUCUUCGCGUCGUCUACAGAGCACGAAAUCGCCCGAACAACCACCACCGACCCCUUCAACGGUAAAGCCCAGUCCACCCGUCAAGGACACGCCCAAAGGCCCGCUACUACCCCGCGUAUGGAAAAAAGUCAAGCAUGAGGCUGCCCACUAUUGGCACGGCUCCAAGCUUCUCGUCUCCGAGGUCCGUAUUUCAGCGAGGCUGCAGUGGAAAAUCCUGCAUGGAGAGGUUUUGACGAGGCGUGAGCGGAGGCAGCUCAAACGUACAACCCAAGAUCUCCUCCGGCUUGUACCGUUCGCUGUGUUCAUUAUCGUGCCGUUCAUGGAACUGCUUCUCCCUGUCGCUCUCAAGCUCUUCCCCAACAUGCUGCCCUCUACAUUCGAGGACAAGUUUGCUGCUCAAGAAAAGGAACGCAAGCUACUCCGUGUUAGACUCGAAAUGGCCAAGUUCCUUCAGGAGACGUUGCGUGAAUCGGGUUUGAAGGCCAAUGCACAUAUUGUAGGCAGCGAAGCAUUCAAAGAAUUUUUCCGCAAGGUUCGGUCCACUGGCGAGUCACCAUCUGCCACAGAUAUCAUCAACGUAGCCAAACUGUUUGACGACGACCUCACCCUCGACAAUCUUUCUCGUCCUCAACUCGUCUCGAUGUGUCGGUACAUGGGUUUGAACGCGUUUGGAACGGACAACUUCCUUCGAGGCGCUAUUCGAUCACGGCUUUUGCAUAUCCGUCGUGAUGACCAGCUUAUUGAAUCGGAAGGCGUCGAUGAACUCUCCACCGCAGAGCUUCAGGCAGCCUGCCAAUCGCGCGGUAUCCGUACUUCGGGCGUUUCUCCUGCAAGAUUACGUGAAGAACUUACGACCUGGAUCAAUUUGCAUCUGCACAACAGAGUUUCCGGUGUUCUCCUCGUUCUGGGAAGGGCUUUCCAUUUUGAUAGAAAGGCUGGUGAGAACGAGGAUGGAAAGACGAAUGUUAUCAAGAGUUUGGAGAGCGUCUUAAGUGGUCUACCCGAUAACCUGUUGAACGAAGCCGAGCUGGAGGUUGAUUCUGAAAAGGCUAGCUAUAAACAGAAACUUGAAGUCCUGCAACAACAAGAGGAACUCAUUGAGGACGAAGAAGAGCAAGAGCAAAAAGAGGAAGAUGCGCGUCGUGCAAAGAGAGAAGCUGAUGAACUUGAAGCGGAAACUGCCCGCGCACUUCUUCCUGAUUCUGAACUUAUGCCGGAAGGCAUCGAGUCGGAGGAUGCUCGUAUGACCUCUGAACAAUUAAAGGAACUUGCAGAAGCGCUGUCUGUCCUGUCGGCAAAAUCCAGUGUUUUGAAGGAACGGGACGAACUGAGAGCACUGAUGGAAGAAAAUCUACUAGCCGAAGAAGAUCCCAAGUCACCUUCUGGCGCACUGACAAAGCGUAUACGGACUAUGCUCACCAAGAUUGAUUCUCGGAUGCAAGACUACGAUUCGCGAGUAGGGAGCUCCUUACAGAUGAUCUCUGCCGAUGCGCAAGGGCGAAUUUCCGUGGCAGAUCUCGAAAAGGCAUUGGCCGUGAUAAAGCACAAGCCUGACGACGAAGUUGGCCAAGCCGUGAUCCAGAAGCUCGACGUGGACAAGGAUGGGUUUGUGGAGUUGGAGCAUGUACUUGGGCUGGUGAGGGAAGAGGGCCUAGGUAUUGUAGUGGACGACGAGGCACAGACACUGAUUGGAGAGCUCAAAAAUUCAAAGCCGCGGAAGGAGGAUAUUGUGCAGGAAGCUUAGAGGCGGAAUUUAGACUGGUUA